UGAUCUCGCGAGUUUUGCGGCAGUCGGCGGCCUGAGGUGGGAGCGGGCGCCGGUCUCUCGCUGAGGCGUCCGUCCGGGUGUAGGUCGGCAGCGGUCGGGCCCGCCGAGGGCGCAGCGCCGGGAUGAGCAUCCUGCAGAAGAUAUCGGAGAUCGAGGCCGAGAUGGCCAGGACACAGAAAAACAAAGCAACAGCUCACCACUUGGGGCUGCUGAAAGCCCGUUUGGCCAAACUUCGCCGUGAACUUAUUGCUCCCAAAGGAGGAGGUGGAGGAGGACCCGGUGAAGGGUUUGAUGUUGCGAAGACUGGGGAUGCCCGGAUUGGGUUUGUGGGUUUUCCUUCUGUUGGGAAAUCCACAUUACUAAGCAAUCUGGCUGGAGUGUACUCUGAGGUAGCGGCCUAUGAGUUUACUACUUUGACCACGGUACCAGGGGUGAUUCGCUAUAAAGGAGCCAAGAUACAGCUGCUUGACCUUCCAGGUAUCAUUGAGGGCGCCAAAGAUGGCAAAGGCCGUGGGCGACAAGUUAUUGCUGUGGCUCGAACCUGCAACCUAAUCCUGAUUGUACUUGACGUGCUGAAGCCCCUGGUACACAAGAAGAUAAUUGAGAAUGAAGUGGAAGGGUUUGGAAUCCGGCUCAACAAGCAGCCUCCCAACAUUGGGUUCAGGAAGAAGGACAAAGGAGGAAUUAAUCUGACAUCCACGUGUGUGCAGUCCGAGUUGGACAUGGAAACUGUGAAAAGUAUCCUUGCUGAAUAUAAAAUCCACAAUGCUGACAUCACAUUACGGAGCGAUUCAACAGCAGACGACCUGAUUGAUGUGGUUGAGGGUAAUCGGGUGUAUAUCCCAUGCAUUUAUGUUCUAAACAAAAUAGACCAGAUCUCUCUGGAGGAGCUGGAUGUCAUUUAUAAAAUACCACACUGCGUACCAAUUUCUGCACAUCACCGUUGGAACUUUGAUGAUCUCUUGGAAAAGUUAUGGGACUACUUGCAACUUGUUCGUAUUUAUACCAAACCCAAGGGGCAGUUACCUGAUUACACUUCCCCAGUUGUAUUACCACAUCGAAAAACUACGGUUGAGGAUUUCUGCAUGAAAAUCCAUAAAAACCUAAUUAAGGAGUUCAAAUAUGCUUUGGUGUGGGGUUCCUCUGUGAAAUACAAUCCACAGAAGGUCGGCAAGGACCACGUGAUGGAAGAUGAGGAUGUAAUUCAGAUAGUCAAGAAGUAAAAUGGGACAUGAUUUCCAUCUUUCAUCAAAGUUCCUCUAUCCUAUUUCUUUGAUGGUAUCAAUUUAUCACAUGAAGCUCUGCACAAUGUAACAUGAUCUGGACUGGGCCCCUCCCUUCAAACUACAGCCAAAGUGUUUCAUCCAAAAUAGUUGCAUAGGUGGAAGCAAAAGGAUCUUGAUCUUGACUUUAAACAUUUCAAUUGUAUAAUUCAGCCAAUAAAAGACAACUGGACAUUGCAACUUAGUACCAGAACAGAAUAUUAACUGCACCUAAUGUUUUGGCAGUAUUAAAUUAAGUACCAAUAAAAAUGCUUGAUAGCUUCUUUUAGGGUGGGGAUCAAAGACACUCUGAAUUGAAAAUUCUGGUUGCUUUCCCACUGUAUAGAGGUUCAUUGCAGAGGAAAGUGGCCACUUGCUCACUAAUAUUCUUCCUUGUAAGAUUAAGGUGUGUUAAAGUUUCCUAUCCUGACUUUUCAGUACGAUUUAUGGUUUAAUUUAGUCUGUCCUACCCAAAUCUGCACAGGGACUUAAACAUGGCAAGUAACUGCUGUCUCUGGUACUCAUGAGUGCCCUGUAACUAUUUUUGUUAAUCUGCCAUUUUGUCAGGGGAGGGGAGAGCAUCGCAUCAGGCACCACUUAAUUUUCAUGGAGGUUAUGCAUCUAUUUAAAAGUGUAUUCACAUGUUGGGGAAAGUAAACUUAAUACCUAGUAUUCUUGUACCUAUUAUCAGCUCAGAUCUUAGAAAAUAGAAUCAGAUCCAUUAACCAGCAGUAAUUAGAUCUGUGUGCAUUUGGGUUCAAUUUUGAUUGGCUUAAUUGUUUAAAAACCUGUAACUCCUGGAAGCAAGUACAGGAAGAGUAUAGAAAGACAUGCACAGGGUUCAGAAUGCACAAGGGAGUGGAUUAGUCCCUGCCAUAGUAGGAAGACAGUUUCAGGGGACUGCAUAAACAGAGGAAGCUAGCUGAAGAGGAUGGGACAGAGGCAGAUUAGAGUUGUAGAUGGCUGAAGUAGAAUAUAGCUGUUAGAGAAUAUGGUUCAGAAAGGAAAAAAAAAGUGCAAGAUAUUAAAUCCAUCUAUUAUUUACAACCUUGUGCUAAAAGACACUGUCCUUGUACACAUUUUGAAGUGUAAUCAAAAUGGCUUGAUGAUAGUUUCAGGAGCCUUGGCAUCAAUGAACCAGUUAUCUAGAAAUAAUUCAGGAGGACCUAUGACCAAACAGUUUCACCUGCUUUUGGGUGAAUUCCUUCUCCCUACAGCCAGUCUGCUGUUGAUUGCAGGGUCAAUAUUAAAAAACACCCAAGUGCCAAUUAAGAAAUCUGGCAAAGAUCUCAUCCAAGGAAGUUCAUUGCAGGUUAAGGUAAUAAAGUGGUUUUAAAAUAAAAAAAAGGGUUUGGAGGCACAGAAUUCAAAACCAGGACAAUUCUGGUAACCAUAAAUCAUGGGUUAGGCACCAGCUACUGUUGCAUCUAAUUCCAGAAACAUUUCAGGACAAAGUCAAGAGUUGGGUGCAAGUGUGAAGGGGGUGUACUGAAAGGUGCAAGACCUUGGGAUAACAACUGAAAAAUAGGAUUACUAGAGUAGAGCAGUGUAGUCGAUUUCAAUUGUUAUGCUUCCCUUUAACAAAUUGUUUUUUUUAAAAUAAAGCUAAUUUUUGGAUUGGG